AUGAGCAAUGUAUAUAUGCGGGAGAUUGUUGAUCUGUCAGCAAAGAAACACGGCUCUCAUUUUGCUGUGUCACACACCUCUGUAGAACAACUAGAGGAAUUUAAUAUGGAUCUGCUUGGGAGAGGCAUGCAGCGGCUCGCACCAAAACUGUGGGGUCUGUUAGAUAAGCUGCUAUUCGCGGGAAAGAAGUCUAAAAAGGUCGUUAUUUUCAACAUAAUUAUGCAAACUGCAAACCAAAAAUCAAACAUGUUUCAAAGCAUCUUUGGUAUCUUUCUGCAGUCCGCACACGCACCUCAAAAGGUCAUAGAGACACUAUCACAGAUGGGAAUCUGUGUCUCCAUUGAUUUGAUCAAUACAGCCGUCACGUUGUUGUCAAAGGAGGCUCACCAUGGCAUUUCUGCUCUGGGGCGGACCCUUCUUGCAUCCUAUGCAUACGAUAAUUUUGAUGUGGACCUUAAAUCGACUGUUCAUACAGUUGACAAGUCAGAAGAUACGCUCAAACAUCUUACCGCUGGCCUCCUUUUUCCGCUACAGCAUGGUACUACUCUCGACAACUUGCAUUGCUCGAAAGCCUUGUGGGAAAGAUCGCUACUCAACCCGCAAGACCACCUGGGACAUCUGGAGUCAGUAGAAAUGAUCCCCGUGGCCAAAACAAAGAUUCUAGCCUCACGAGCGAUGGAUAUCAGUAAUUCAACGGUAUCUGGGAACAUCAACUCAGUACUUGAGUUAUUGAAGCAGGGAGAUAUUGAAGAUCCGGCAGAAUGUGACCCCCUGCAAGGACUAGAUCACGUCAUCUUUAUUCCAGGUUUAUUUCAUUUGAAGAUGCAUUCCUCGGCGCGACUAGAUGAGAACGUGUUGAUGCGGGAUGUUGGGAUUCUUCGACCUAAAGAAACAGGUAUAUAUGGCUCGAAGCCUGGGUUUCAUAGAAUGCACCAGCUCAUCACCUAUUCUGGUAUCUGCCGGCGCCUUGAUUGUUGGAGAGUUGAGGUAAAAAAACCGUCAGAGCCGCUAUUUGAUGAUCUACUUGCGAUGGCAGAUGUAAUUGCAAAGGAAUCAAAAGAUGUCACUCAGCGUGAUGGAGAAUAUGAAAACACGCUGCUCCUCAACAAGUACAUGCUACUAUACGAGGAACUUUCAUAUGCUAUGAAUAUUGGGGAUAUUGGGCGAGUGGAAACGUGCAUUGUUGCAUGGAUCCUGAUAUUUAAGGCAACCGGGAAGCAUAAAUAUGCGAUGCACAUGUCAGAUUUUCUAUCCAAUGUUCACUUUGUAUACCCAGAUUGCUUGCGGAGAGCCAUUCGAUAUCAUAUUCUUGUGAACCCAUCGGGAAAGGCAGGCAGCUUCCGAGCCGUUGACUGGUGCAUGGAAUUAAAUAACUUGUAUACAAAGGUUAUUCAUGGCGGCAAGGGCCCUAAUCGCACCAUAGACCAUAUAAUCUUGGAAUCCCCCCUUGUACAGGUUUAUCGUAACUUACAACGGGUUUUUGAAGAAAAUUUCUUGCAUUCACACCUCACAACUCGACACGCUAUCGUUGACAUGACGCGGACGUUCAACGAGCUCUGUAGGUACAUAGCACAGCACUCCCCGCAUGAACCGGUGCUCGGACAAAAAAGCAAACACUUUAUUCCCGAUCUCUACAGUAAAGGUCUCGAAUUAAUAGAUAAACAAUGUUUGGAUGCUGGAAUAGAAGAGGGGGGAACAUUAGAGGAGCAUUCAACAUUAGAGGACGUAGCAGUAGAGCUGGGAUUGUGA